GUCCGCUUUGGAAGGCGCCAGUUUUUUCUCCUUCUCCGAGGCCGACGAGAAUCCGCCAUCCGCCAUCAGCAGCACUGUUCACUCUCAACCUCUCUCGCGAGAAGCACAUCAUCGGGGGAAAAUGGCGCACCGCAUUUUAACCACGAUCGUUGUUACCAGCACACGAGUAUUCGGGCGUGCUUUUAUGGAAGCCUACAAGCAGGCUUCCGCAAGCUCUAAAUACGCUGCCGAGAUCAAAAAGGGCAAUAUCACCGGUGCCAGCACAUACGCCUCCAACGGGCUGACCCUCGAUGAGGCCUGCAGAAUCCUCAACGUCAAGCCCCCGCAGGCUGGCGAAGCACAAAUGGAGAACGUCAUGGGACGAUUCAAGAAGUUAUUCGACCUGAACGACCCGCAAAAAGGCGGCAGCUUUUACCUCCAAAGCAAGAUCCUCCGCGCCCGAGAACGCAUUGAGAUGGAGAUCCGCGAAGCCGAACGCAAAGUCAAAACUGACAAAGAGAUGAAAGAGGGUUGGAAUCCGAAAGUGUACAAGGACCGGUAGGACAACGCUAUUGGCCUCAGUCCCAGACGGGACCAGUGGGCAUGGCUCUGGUCCUGUUCUCCACAUCGAAAAUCUCCUUUCUUCCUCAAUUCAGCAUGUUAGAGAACUGUAUCAUAUUUGUGGGCGACUGGCACCUGCUUUCAUUCUCCUGUCAUUGCAUAGCAUGGCGUUUUUUAUUUUUGGUUUUCUUCACAGCAUGGGUGGCUGCAGAACCGUUUCUUGGUCUGGACGCGAAAUGGACAGUACAUACGAGCUCCUCCGAGACUUAUAUCAUUGAGAGAUGGGCUGUUAUGAAUGCGGUGAUAUUUGAUGUGAUAACCAUACUACUUAGCUUUUGAUCGAGCUGUUGAUCUACUGUAUAUUGUAAUAUACUCAAUGAACUUGGAACAUGGCAAGCAUAUGAAUUAAGCACCUCAGUAGACAUAAUCCGUCACUAUACUCACUUUGGUGUCAGUAGUGGUAAGAGGAUAUUUGCUCGUAGAACUGGCAGUAUCUCUCAG